AUUGAUUCAGUUCCUACUAUAAAAUGCCACUACUAUCCCAACCUAAAAUCCAAGCUCUCGAAGAAGAAAUCCCCACUUCUUCUUGGAACUAAAUAGCAAAAAAAAAAAGAGCAUUCUGGUGGGGGAGAAAAAAAGCAGCAGGAGCUUGAAGAAGUACAAGGAAAACUAGCUAUGGCUGACCCGAGGUUCAUGUUGUCGUUGUUGUGCCUCGCGUUGGCUGUGGUGGUCCGGGCUGAGGACCCUUACUUGUUCUUCAACUGGAAUGUCACUUACGGAACAAUCUCCCCUCUGGGUGUCCCUACACCCGCCAUCCUAAUCAACGGCGAGUACCCGGGCCCUAAGAUCAACUGCACCACCAACAACAAUGUCGUCGUCAACGUUUUCAACAACCUCGACGAGCCUUUCCUCCUCACAUGGCACGGGAUCCAGCAGAGGAAGAACUCGUGGGUGGACGGGACACCCGGGACAAUGUGCCCCAUCCAACCAGGCAAGAACUUCACCUACCGCCUCCAGAUGAAGGACCAGAUUGGUACCUAUCACUACUACCCGUCUAUCGGCCUGCAGAAGGCUUCCGGCGGAGUUGGCGCCAUCAACAUCCACAGCCGUAUCUUUGUCAAGGUCCCCUAUUUUAGAUUUGCCCCCGACCUCAACUUUAUGUUGGGAGAUUGGUUCAACAAGGGUCACAAGGUGCUCAGGAAGUCCUUGGACGCCGGCAAGCCCAUUGGCAAGCCGGAUGGGCUCCAGAUCAACGGCAAGUCUGGCAAGGUCGGAGACGACAAGCUCGAGCCCUUGUUCACUGUGGAAGCUGGCAAUGAGUAUAGGUUCAGGUACUGCAAUGUGGGUUUAAAGACCUCAGUCAACAUUAGGCUCCAAGGCCACCAAAUGAAGCUUGUUGAGCUCGAGGGUUCUCACACUGUCAAGAACAAGUACAAUUCGGUUGACUUGCACGUGGGUCAGUGUAUGACUAUGCUCGUAAAAGCCGAUCAGGAACCGAAGGACUAUUACCUAGUGGUAUCGAGCAGGUUUGUCAAACCUGCUCUCACUACUGUGGGUAUUAUCCGAUAUGUUAAUGGCAAGGGCGCACCCGCCAAGGAGCUCCCACCACCACCUCCAGAAGGUGUUGCCGGCAUUGCCUGGUCCAUCAACCAGUUCAAGUCCUUCCGGUGGAACUUGACAGCUAGCGCUGCUCGUCCCAACCCUCAGGGCUCCUACCACUAUGGCCAAGUUGCCGUUAACCGAACCAUCAGGCUGGUGAGCUCGAAGGUUCAGGAGAAGGGUAAGCUCAGGUUCGCCAUUAACGGAGUGUCCCACGUCGACCCUGACACCCCAUUGAAGCUUGCAGAGUACUACGGAGUCGGGGACAAGAUUUACAAGAAUGACACCAUGCCUAAAGAACCACCUACCGAUGCCAAGGCAUUGCAGGUGAUCCCCAAUGUCCUCAACACAACCCUCCACGAGUUUGUGGAGAUUGUGUUCGAGAACCGGGAGAAGUCAGUCCAGACAUGGCACCUUAACGGGUAUGCAUUCUUCGGAGUGAACAUCGAGCCUGGCAGGUGGAGCCCUGAGAAGAGGAGGAACUACAACCUUAUUGAUGCAGUGAGCCGGCACACGAUCCCGGUGUUCCCAGGGACAUAUGCAUCAGUCUUGUUUGCCUUCGACAACACCGGAAUGUGGAACCUGAAGGUAGAAAACGCCGAGAGGAGCUACUUGGGACAGCAGCUGUACUUCACUUGUCUCUCCCCUCUGCGCUCGGUUCGGGAUGAAGUGACCAUGCCAGAGGAUGCGCAGGUGUGUGGCAUUGUCAAGGACUUGCCAAAGCCUGCUCCAUAUGCUGCUUAUGCUGCGAGGCCCAAGAAGAAGAAGAGUGAGGCCAGCGAGGCCAAAGAGGCUGAUGAGGCUGAGAAAAAUGGCGACGACAAGAACGACAAAGAAGACGAUAAGGAUGAUAAGAAAAAUUAAACUUCUUAAUUAAAUUAAGUAAUUAAUAAGAAGUGAAGAGUUUUAAUAUUUGUAAUACAGAAUUAAGGAGUGUGUAACAAACAUGUACGGGCUGCUUGCUGAUUGAUUAUACAUGUAUCAAACCUUUUGGGGAAUUUAUUAAAUUGAGAGCUUUUAUGAUAAA